AUGGCGAGUCCAUCUACACAAAGCGAUACCAACUCUUUUUCAUGUCGGAUUGAAGAGGCCGACGAAGCAGUCCUCGCAAGAAUCGGCUACAAGCAGGAGCUGAAACGCGAGUUCACUCCCUUCGAGAUAUUCGCAGUGUGCUUUAACGCCAUGGGGAUCGUUCCAACCAUAGCAUCAGUGCUCUUUGAUUCUAUCCCUUAUGGAGGACCUGCGGCGAUGGUAUGGGGAUGGGUGGCCGUCUUUCCAUUCAUCCUGUGUAUAGCCUUGGGAAUCGCUGAGCUUGCCUCCGCAAAUCCAACGUCAGGCGGGCUGUAUUACUGGACACACGCGCUCUCUCCGCCAGGCUGCCGGAACUUCAUGUCGUGGAUGGUCGGAUACGCGAACACAAUUGGGAACUGUACCGGUAUGGCCGCCGCUGAGUGGUCGCUUGCAAUACAGGUCAUGGCAGCUGUGAGCAUGGCCACGGAGGGAGCAUUCAUUGCAACUCAGUCGCAGACUUUUGCCGUCUUCAUCGCAGCUAUUCUUCUCCACGGCAUGGUGUGCACGCUCGGUACAAAGGUCCUCGCAAGGCUUCAAAACGUGAUUACUCUGAUAGAAGUGCUUCUCUGUAUUUUGGUGAUCAUCGUACUUCCUGUCGUGACCCCAGCAAAGCUGAGGAAUCCUCCUUCCUAUGUAUUCGGUGGUUUUACUAACAUCAGCGGGUGGCCGUCGGGAUUCGCUUUCUGCCUUAGCUUUCUCGCUCCGUUGUGGACCAUAGCCGGAUUCGACUCAAGUGUGCACAUGAGCGAAGAAGCAUCCAACGCAGCAACCGUCGUUCCAUGGGCCGCGGUAUCCUCCAUCAUCUCGGCAUUUGUCCUAGGCCUGGCCGUCAACAUAUCCCUCGCAUUUUGCAUGGGCCCUUCCACUGCCGCAGUUGUCAGUUCACCUUUUGGCCAGCCAAUGGCCCAGAUAUUCUUCGCCUCGCUGGGCCAGCGCGUCGGGCUCAGCCUCUGGGCUCUACUCAUCGUGGCACAGUUCUCCGUCUGCGCUAGCUUCCUGCUUGUUGUCUCGCGUCAAGUGUUUGCUUUCGCGCGUGAUGGCGCGCUGCCGUUCUCCCGAUACGUAUACAGUACUGGGUACAGACGCUGCAGGAUACCGGGGUCGAUGGGCGACGGCAUACCGGUGAUGGCGGUGUGGAUGGUCGUCGUGGUCGCGGCGCUGUUGGGCCUACUAAGCUUCGCGGGGGAGCAGGCGAUCAAUGCUGUGUUCGGGAUGGCUAUCGUGGCGCUUUAUAUAGCGUUCAGUGGUCCUAUUGCCGCCAGGGUGUUGGCUGCGCGGAGAGGCUUAGAUGAGGCUGAGCGUUUCAGGCCUGGGCCAUUUCAUAUGGGGCCUUGGGGCGUUCCAGUCGACCUCGUUGCUCUAACCUUCAUGGUCUGCAUGAUCAUCGUCUUCCUCUUCCCUGCUUCUCCUGGCACUACAGCGGCCAACAUGAACUAUGCGGUCGUCGUACUAGGUGCGACGUUUGCGCUUGUCGUGGGGUGGUACUACUGCCCUGUGUACGGAGGAGUGCAUUGGUUCCGAGGACCGGUGGCUAAUGUCGAUACCACACCUAACUCGCUCCGAGGGAAGAAAGAGGUCAAAGAAUAA